CCAAAAGGAAGAUUUAAGCCUAAAGAAAGAAAACACGUCCAGAUAAAUGUAGGAUUGAUGGCGCCACAUGAAACUGAUGGAACCGAUUUAAAACACCCGUUAUUUACAGACCCGGAGGUAGCAGCACCUGAUCUACUGAAACAAGCUGUACAGAAAAUGAGAACAUUUAACAAGGACAUGCACGAAGGACCUUACGUCCUUUUGUAUCCAGACUGCUCAGAGGUGGUCCAUGUGCCUGGGUCAGAAAGGCCAUUCAAAUUGGCAGAAUAUAAAAAGGAAAUAGGAAAGGCAUAUUCCAGGAUCACUUUUUUCAUUUGUCUAGAAAAACACUAUAAAAGAGGUUUUUGAACCACAAACUCAAAGUACUCCCAAACUCAAACUGGAAGAUGAAAGGGCUUUCACUACCAGCAAGACCGCACAUAAGCUCAACGUUGCUACAUGCUAUCGGCUGUUUCUGUAACUGACUGAGGUGCCCCCUCGCUCCCUACCUAAAGGACCCACAGCUGCUUGUGUGAGCUUUACUUAAUUCACCUGCAAGAUCUUAUUGGUGUGUCCUAAAAACAUAACAAUAAGCUCUUGCAGGUGAAUAAACACAAAUGACAAAUGAACCAAACCAUUAAAAAAAACAUGUGAGAAUGAAGUGGGGGGAUGUAAUGAGAGACAAUGUUUUUUUUUUUCUAGUGGUAAUCAACCAAUAGAAAUCUUGGCUGUAUCUUGGUAUAUACAUAAUAUUUACAUGAUUUGACUGUAGGCCUGAAGGACACCUGCUGGUUUAAGAUGUCUAAAACACAGAAAAUACCAUAUGUGACAGAAAAUACCAUAUGUGUAAUUUGAUUUAUAACAAAAUAAUCUUUUUUUCAGAUAGUAAUAUCUGAUGCUGAGGAUCUGGAUCCACCUGAAAAAAAUCCAGAAAAAAUUAUUGCUACAGGAAAUACACAGACCUGUAUUCACCAAAUGUUGAGCAAGAGGACGAAGAGCCGGUUGCUGUCAAUGUGAAGAAUUUCCAACAGACAGCAAUUUAAUAUGACAGCUUUUGACUAGCACUCCUGUUUUUUCACUGUACAAUAGUUCUGAUAUAUCUGGAAUAUCCACAAAUUAAGUCACUUUUUCUCAUUACAGAGAUGGACAUUACAUUACCUGACAUCGUAGCAAACCUGUCACUUACUAUUGAUCAUAAAAGAGUCCGCAGGUUCAACAUCUCAAGGGCUAAUGUUUGGGAUGGGGCAGUCAGAGGUUUCAAGCGUACAACAUAUUCUGAAACCUGUGAAAUGCUGGUCAAAUUUACUGAUGAUAUUGGUGUUCUGGAAGAGGGAAUUGACACUGGUGGUCCGAGACGCGAGUUUUUAACUCUACUAAUGAAACAUCUAAAAGACCGGCCCAUUUUUGAUGGACCAGAAGGACAUCGAUUCUUGGUCUACAAUGCAAAUGCGGUUAGGGAGGAUGAAUACUACCUGGCAGGAAAGAGGAUUUCUGUGUCAGUAGUGCACGGAGGUCCAGGACCCCAUUUCCUGUCGAAAGAUCUUGUACAUUAUCUUGCAGGCCAGCCUUCAUUCAAAGCACCAGUUAAUUUAAUAACUGAUGAAGAAAUAGGGAAAGCUUUGCCAGAUAUUGAGAAUGCUGCUUCAUUGGAUGCUCUGCACGAAUGUAUGAUGAGACACAGCACAAUGUUACAGACAGCAGGUUGUCUGAGACAUGUGGCUACUGUGGAAGAAAAGAGAGAAAUUGUUUCAGACUACCUCCAAUGGUAUAUUAUUGACUGCAACUCAUCUGUAAUUGACAGAUUCAGGGAGGGUCUUUCAACCCUGGAGAUUUUGACUGCACUACACCCACACCCUACUUUGCUGGCCCCUGCCCCUGCCCUCACUGCUUUUGACCUUGAGAUACUCUUCAAACCUGACCUCAGUCCUUCGGGGAGUAAUCGAAGACUUAAAGAAAGUCAAACCAUGGGCUACUGGGCAGACUAUCUCCUUGAUUGUAAAGGAAGGCCAGGCUGCUGUGUCUGUGCAAGAUGUUUUGAUGUUUGCUACUGGGCUGUCUUCACUUCCCCCAUCUGGCUUGGAACCACUGCCACAAAUAGAGUUCCUGGAUGACUCUGCGUUCACAAUGGCAAAUACAUGUACAAUCUCCUUGAAAUUACCACUCCUAGACUCAUACACUUUGUUUAAGUCACAAAUGGACUUUGGAAUUCAAAACAGUCCAGGAUUUGGCUGUUUUUAAGCUAAAUUACGGAUGAUCCCUAGAGUUAAAACUCUGAAAACAUUGUUGUUGUUAAAGGUUCACUUUAAAGUGCAGUUGCCCAAAUUGUUUUUAUAAUGUAACAGUAUGUGAGCAUGUUUUUUUUUUCUCACCGUUAACAUUUUGGAAAUGUUUUAGAUUCGUGACUCUCAAACUGGGUUCCCUUUGUGAAUCACUGUUUUAGAUAAAGAAACAAGUAGUUCAAGAAGUUUUGUUUUCUAUACUACAAAAAUUUAAUAAAUACUUUAUAUACUC